UUUGAGACCCGGGAGAGCGAGUUAGUGAGUAUGGAUGAGCUGGCGUUCAAGUUUGCUGUGAACAACAUAAACCGCAACAAGAGCUUGAUGCCCAACACGACUCUCACCUACGACAUUCAGAGGAUCAACCUCUUUGAUGGCUUUGAGGCUUCCAGGAGAGUGUGUGACCAGCUGGCUCUCGGGGUGGUCGCAGUGUUCGGGCCUUCUCACAGCUCCUCGGUCAGUGCUGUUCAGUCCAUCUGCAACGCUCUGGAGGUCCCUCACAUUCAGACCCGCUGGAAACACCCGUCAGUGGACAACAAAGAUACCUUCUUCAUCAACCUGUAUCCCGAGUACACCGCCAUCGCCAGGGCCAUCCUGGACGUGGUCACUUUCUUUAAAUGGCGGAAGCUGACAGUGGUCUAUGAGGACAGCACAGGUCUGAUGCGGUUGCAGGAGUUGAUCAAAGCUCCGGCAAAGUUCAACUUGAAGAUCAAGAUCCGUCAGCUGACCCCGGGUAACCAAGAUGCCCGACCACUGCUCAAGGAACUGAAAAAAGACAAAGAAUUCUUUAUUCUCUUUGACUGCUCCUAUCGCAUGGCAUCGGAGCUCCUCAAACAGCUCUCAUCAAUGGGAAUGAUGACCGAGUACUACCAUUUCUUCUUCACGACUUUGGAUUUGUUUGCUUUGGACCUGGAGCCUUACCGCUACAGCGGGGUCAACAUGACAGGCUUCCGGCUGCUGAACGUCGAUGACCCGUGGGUCGCCUCCACGAUGGACAAGUGGGCCAUGGAGAGACUGCAGGGUCCCAAACAAGAGAGUGGCUUGAUGGAUGGAAUCAUGACUACAGACGCAGCCUUGAUGUAUGAUGCAGUGUUCAUGGUCGCCGUGGCGUCGCAGCGGGCCACGCAGAUGACAGUCAGCUCCCUGCAGUGUCACCGCCACAAACCGUGGCGCUUCGGACCUCGCUUCAUGAACCUCUUCAAAGAGGCUCAGUGGGAUGGACUGACAGGGCGCAUUGUUCUUAAUAAGACCGAUGGCCUGAGGAGAAGCUUUGAUUUGGACAUCAUCAGCCUCAAAGAGGAUGGCACUUCCAGGAUUGCUGUGUGGAACUCGUACGGGGGGAUGAACCUGACGGAGAAGUCCAGCCGAGAGAAGAAUAACAAUGUGACAGACUCUCUGGCUAACAGGACUCUUAUUGUCACCACGAUACUGGAAAAUCCAUAUGUCAUGCAGAAAAAGUCAGAGAAGGAGCUGAUUGGGAAUGAUCGUUUUGAGGGUUACUGUCUGGACCUUUUGAAAGAGCUCUCCAACAUCUUAGGUUUUACAUAUGAAGUCAGACUGGUGGCUGAUGGGAAAUACGGCGCCCAGAAUGACAAGGGGGAGUGGAAUGGGAUGGUGCGGGAGCUGAUUGACCAUAUUGCAGACCUGGCCGUGGCCCCCUUGACCAUCACAUAUGUUCGAGAGAAGGUCAUUGACUUCUCCAAGCCCUUCAUGACUUUGGGUAUCAGCAUCCUUUACCGCAAACCUAACGGCACCAAUCCAGGCGUGUUCUCCUUCCUCAACCCCCUGUCCCCGGACAUCUGGAUGUACGUGCUGCUUGCCUGCACGGGGGUUAGCUGCGUGCUCUUUGUGAUUGCCAGGUUUACUCCAUACGAGUGGUACAACCCACAUCCAUGCAACCCGUCCUCGACUCUCAUACAGAACAAUUUCACUUUACUUAACAGUUUUUGGUUUGGUGUUGGAGCUCUUAUGCGGCAAGGCUCAGAGCUGAUGCCUAAGGCUCUGUCCACUCGAAUAGUUGGCGGUAUCUGGUGGUUCUUUACCUUAAUCAUCAUCUCCUCCUACACGGCCAACUUGGCUGCCUUCCUCACGGUGGAACGAAUGGAUGCGCCCAUCGACUCAGCAGACGACCUGGCAAAGCAGACCAGGAUUGAAUAUGGGGCAGUGAGGGAUGGAUCCACCAUGACCUUCUUCAAGAAAUCAAAGAUCUCCACCUAUGAGAAGAUGUGGGCGUUCAUGAGCAGCAGGAAGACCACUGCAUUGGUUAAGAACAACAGGGAAGGCAUCACGCGGGUCCUAACCACAGACUAUGCCAUGCUGAUGGAGUCCACCAGCAUCGAAUACAUCAGCCAGAGAAACUGCAACCUCACACAGAUUGGAGGUCUCAUAGACUCCAAAGGCUAUGGAGUGGGAACACCUAUUGGGUCUCCAUACAGGGAUAAAGUGACCAUUGCCAUCCUUCAGCUGCAGGAGGAAGGGAAGCUGCACAUGAUGAAGGAGAAGUGGUGGCGAGGCAAUGGCUGUCCAGAGGAGGACAACAAGGAGGCCAGUGCUCUGGGUGUGGAAAACAUCGGCGGCAUCUUCAUCGUCCUGGCUGCUGGUCUGGUUCUCUCUGUGUUUGUGGCUAUCGGAGAGUUCAUCUAUAAGGCCCGGAGGAAUGCUGACAUAGAGGAGUGUGUAUCUUUUAGCUCUCGGAUGGAGGAGUUGGGUAUCUCCCUGCAGUGUUACAAGGGCAUCCGGAGGAGGUCGCGACCCCGCAGUGAAGCAAGGACAGCUUGCAUCCUCUGUCAACCAAAACGUGCUGCAAAGAGGGAAGGAGCACGACGAGACUCCAGCACGUGAGCCUUAGAUCUGAAACCUGAUGGAACUUUGAUCAGAGACUGCAACCUGAAUGCUCUCCACUCCUCAAAUCUGUUUGUGGGCCACCAGAUGAUAUGAAGGUGUUUCUGCAUCACUCCUGUCUGGAUAAUACAUAAUAAGCAUACUGAUAUGAAGGUGUUUCUUCGUCACACUCUGGAUAAUACAUUAAGCAUUAUACUGUAGAUGUACUGUAGUUAACAAAGUCUUAGCCUUAUAUCAACAUUGAUA